AUGCCUUCAAUUGCGGAGCGCUCGGGCGCGUCGCAAGAGGCGCUUCUCCACCUCGAAAAGGGUGGUGAUUCACCAAAUACUCAACUGCAUGAAGCUGCGAAGAUCCUCGGUGUGGACUUGUCGUUAUGUGAAAGCCAUCCGGAGACUUGCCGCAAUGCGAAAAUCCAACUCAGCGCCACUCCGAAAGCCGAAUGGACACUCCGAUGGUUACUGAAGCGACUGAAGAAUGGGAAGAACUACCGCGUGGACCCGGCAUCGUUCCUUUUGCUCCGACAGCUCAUCGAUGCGAUCCCUCCCAAGAACCUCGCGACAACUUUGAAAGAGCAAAAGUUCCUCUCAACCUUGUGUGACACGGUUGCGGAUCUGGAAGCCGAUAUCUUUGCGACGGUGGGGAGAGGACAGUCGAUCGCUAGUUUCGACUCCGACUCGAGCCAUACCCUGGCGGGCUCGUCAACUCAGGAUGACCAGAAGAGUUCUAAGGGAACAAAGCGGAAGAGAGUGGCCACCGAGAACGGUGGAGAGGUCAUGGAUGAGAAUGAACAGCCACAGAAUCCCGCUUCGUGCUUCCUCGCGUUUAUCCGUGCUUUGGAUUGCCUUUAUGGAGUUGUGACUCUGGGUCAGCAGACACUCGGAACGGACGAAAACGCCAACUCCCAUCUGAAGCUAACAUUGAGAGGCGAGCCUGCCCUCGUUGCCCAAUUGUUGGGCAGGUCAUUCCAAGUGGCUGCAGUGGCCAUUACGCAGUUCACCCAAGCCGGCAAAACUACGGAUCUUCAGCACUUGAUUUUCGUGCUCCCCGCAAUUCUGGAGCUGUGGGAGUCAAGGUCUUUCCGCGAGGAUGAUACCCACAACAAGGCAAGCAAUGAAGCGUUUGCAAAGUAUUGCUUCGCCCACGGUCUCAGACUACAACUCUGUCUACGGAAUACCAAGCUUGAUACCGAUGAAAGAGCUCAUCUUCUUCAUGCGAUUGAGCGGAUUCUCGCACUUCACGUACUACUCCCGGCGCGUGCGGCCUUCUUCGAGCGCGGUGGCUCCGGCAUCGAUUACUCUCAGGAAGAACCGGAUUGGAGCCCCGUUAAGCCGGUGACGGAUACCUUCAGGCCGAUUAUCCGCGAGGAUUCUACUAUCCAGAUGUCUCAGGGCGAAUCGAAAGACGCCUCUUUCCACUCCUCGUGGCAAUCGAUUGAACUUCUCCCUGAGCUGUUCGAUAAUGCAGUCCGUGCAGUUCCGAGAGAUAUUUUCCGCCGACAGACACAUGAAGCCCCCUGGUUGGAGACUUUAUUUGUGGCAGUCGCAGAAUUAGCGUAUACAACCGCAAAGGAAGAAGACCCUGACACAUUGUCAACUCGCUUUGUUUCGGUUCUGGAAGAGCUUCUUCGAGUGGCUCUUGACCGCAAUGUGGGUCUUUCAUUGCACACUGUCCUCACCCAUGCUGGCUAUACUGGUCUUCUUAAGGAGGGACUGGAGCAAGUCCAGUGGAAUGUAAUUGCUUUGGUCAUCAGUCUCGGUGUCGACAUCUUCCUGCCAAAUUCAGGCCUGCCAGAUUCUCGCAAGCUUCUGGACGCGUUGCUCGACAAGAUUAUACUUCAGUGGCGCAGGAGCUUCCACAAGAAGUCUCGCAAAAACAACAUCAUCAAAAAUGACGUCGCAAUUCCACUCAUGCGAGGUUUCGCGGCGGCGAGAGACUUGACCACUUUCAUGGAGGUAUGGCAUAACCAGCUCGUCAAACUGGAGGACGCUCGUGCCCAAAACGACAGUUUGCCAAAAUUUUCGGUUUGGGAAGACGACGAUUUAUGUGAUGCCUACAGUGAGUUGAUUCGUACUUCGCUCACUGGAUCCAGUCUUGCGGAGCAGAUGCGCUCUGCUGCCACAAAAGUCCGGGCCGACAAUGGUAAGGUUUCCGAGUCAUCUGAUUCCUAUGCGGAAUUCGUCCUCAUGGAGGCUGGCUGCCGAGGAAAGACACUGGCUUCGGACAACUCCGAAGAGACUCUGCUGUCUCUCGUCGAGACACUCUCAGCUACACUGUCCUCAAAGCAGACCCUCCACUGGCGUUGGCGAUUGUGGCGAUUUGUGCGAACUCUGAUGGAGAACAAUACACUGCCGAUGGAUAGCAAACUUGCCCAGACAAUCGGCUCUCUGCUAGGCUCUGUCGCGGUGACGAUUCGUCGCACCCAUAAAAAUUUGGACAACAUCCCCCUUGCUCCGCUCGAGGCCUGGGAGGCCUAUCAGUAUGCUUUGGUGGUUGUCAAGGGAAAGCCAACGGAUGAACAGCUGGACGCAUUCGCCGAGAUCUCCAAGCGUGUCACGGACUUCAUCGUAUCCGUCUCCAUUGAUGGGGCUCAGAAGUCUUUGAAAUCUCCUUGGAAUGGCCGGAUCGAUACACUGGAUUCUCCAAUUACUCUCUGUUUGGCUUACUCCCUGGCACUCGUCAGGGUUCCAGAAGCCUGGGAGCGCGUUCCCUCUGAGAAACGCUUGCGUCAGUUGGAACAUCUUCUUUCCCUGGCUGCCGUCCAAUACCGGUCAUAUUCAUUGCCUCUGGAGGCUGCGGCUGACGAAGCACGGUUCCUUCAAGCGUGGGCGAGCAUUGUCAGUCAUGAAUAUCUGCUCAGCGUACCUUUCAUUGUGCAAGAUCUGGUACAGAUUCUCAACCAGACUAUCGAGAACGACCAUCACAACCGUCGUCUCUGCGUGGAAAGCAUGCAGAGGAUCCCGGCCGCUUUGAUCACUCGUGGUCUCCGUACCGCAAUUCUGAACAAGUUACUCAGUAUUCUGCUGCAGCAGGAUAGUUCUCCGGAACUGACUGUCGGUCUGUUGACGAUGAUGGCUAAACUCGCGGCCAUGCCCAAAUGUGAUGCUACUGUGACGGCGGAGUGGGAACCGAUCUGGACUGCGGCCCGAGCCAUCAACCUUCAGGGCACGGAAGUGGAUCUUCAGAUCAUGAAGGCCUUCCGAAGCUUGCAUCGCGCGGUCAUUGCGAAGUUAUUGGUGCUGAAAGAGGAUGUUCGGAUUGAAAUGUUCAAGAAGCUGUUCGCAAGAACAUCGAAGCAGGCCUCUAAGUUGCGACAAAUUGAUCGUGACUCCAUGACUGAUUUCCUCCUACGUCUGACUUUGUCAGAGCUCUGGGUCCAUCGCAAACAACUGCGCGAGGCGUUUGCGGAGGACGAGUUGGCCGCCUGUCGUCAACGUGUAUUCGGACUGGUUCUGGGGGAUAUGAAGUCCGUUAAGGAGCAAUGCAAAAAGCACAAGCUGGAGGAGACUAUCACCCUCAUCAAGACCAUCGACGCUCUGGAGGACUUUGAGGAUCUGGCGACGAACAACAUCGAAGUGGAGAAGUUCCUGUCCAAGAUCGAGACCUACAUGGAAAUGUCCAUCGACUCAGCCCCAUCUCGGCUGAUUCGACGUCGUCUUCUUGCUAGCAAGGGGCCCGAGAAGAGCAUCACCAAGCCGGUACUGCAAUGCGCCGAAACUCUGACGCUUCAGUCGCUCUACGCCGAAGACCAGCAACUCUUCAUCCGGGCGACGACGGAGCGUUUCCGUUCUAUGACUCCAAAGAAGGUCAGCAAAGCAAUCCGCGAGGUUCGGGAGCUUGGCUUCACUGGCGACAGCGCCGGUUACCGGUUGCUAGUGAUCUAUCUAGCCCUGGUUUCGCUUCCUCCAAUCGAAGACAAGGAAAGUCCGGCGGCUCAAGAGCUGUCCCUGCUCGGGCUCGAUCUCACAACUGCUCUCCCCAAGGCCACCUCCAUCACCCAGUUCUGUUUGACUGCGGAGUGCCUGUCCCUUCUGUUGCGGGUCCACACCCGCAGCCUCGGGCAGUGCAACGUGGACGGCGUCCUCAUGUCCAUCGGAUCCUGCGCCUCCAAGGUCGGCCCCCGCAUCUCCCCCGAAUACGCUCCUACCAUCUUCACGCGACUCUGCCGCCUGAUGGGGCUCGUACUGGGACUCCAGCGCCUCAAGAUUGGCGGCCGCUUCCACCUCGUGGUCAACGCCAUGCAGCGCCUGCUGGCUUGCCUGUUUGCAAACACACGUAAACGGUCUCGGUCCGCCAAGUCCCAAACCAACCUCUCGCAGCCCUUUUGGCUCGCCCCACUCAGUGCCUCUCAUACUACCCACUACACUCGCCUCCUCACCUCUCUCUGCGACCCCACCGUCUCCGCCGUGAUCCGCCCCCAGGCCGGUGCGUCCCGCGAGGCCCUAACCGACGAAACGAAGAAAGCAAAGCGCAUCGCCGGCCAAUACCUGCAGUACGUCGUCACUGCAUACACUCAGGUCUCUCUGAACGCCUCGCUCCCACCGGAUGUCAAAGCCGCUUUGAUGCCUGGUCUCUACGCCGCGCUAGAUGUGAUGUCGAAGGAAUCGAUGCGGGCACUCAACGCGGCGCUAGACAUGUCAGGUCGCGCUGUGUUCAAAUCUCUGUACGAUGACUACGUGAAGUUCGGAAAGUGGAAUAAGGCGUGA